AUGGCCGCCGCCAGCUCCGGAGACCCGAGCUCCAAGCGGCAGCGCCCGGAGCCGCAGGACCGGCCGCCGCGGGACGGCUACGGCGUCUACGUGUACCCGAACUCUUUCUUCCGAUACGAGGGAGAAUGGAAAGGUGGAAAGAAACACGGCCGCGGGAAGCUGCUGUUCAAAGACGGGAGUUACUACGAAGGCGACUUUGAAGCGGGAGAGAUCUCGGGAGAAGGCCGCCGGCACUGGGCCGCCUCAGGGAACACUUACUCGGGCCACUUUGUGCUGGGGGAGCCUCAUGGGCGCGGCAGCAUCACCUACAGAGCGGGCGGAUGGUAUGAAGGGGAGUUCCGCCACGGCAUGCGCGAAGGACUGGGCCUCCUGCAGGACUCGCUGGGACAGCUGUACCGCGGGUCCUUCCAUGAGAACAGACGGCAUGGCCGGGGGCACAUGGCCUUCCAGAAUGGUGACAGCUACGAAGGAGACUGGGUCAGGGACCAGCAGCAGGGCCACGGGAUGCUCCGCUGUGCCGACGGCUCCGUCUAUCAGGGCCAGUGGUACUGCGGAGUCCUCAGUGGCCUGGGCAGCCUGGCCCAUUGCUCAGGGCUCACCUACCAUGGCCAGUGGGUCAACGGGCACCCGGUGGAACAAGCCGUCAGGAUGGUGGUGCUGGGCCCCAGGCUGCUGACCCUGCGCCCGGAUGCCACCUUCUCGCUGCAAGUCCAGUUGCAGCAGAACAGCGGGGACACCGCUGGGGGUGAGGAUGGGCGGCUUCUGAGGGUCUCGGCCGGCGUCAGGUACGUGCAGCUCCCGGCCUACUCCACGGUCAGCUUCUUCAGAGUGCACGGAGACCCCCUGGACACGCUCAUCCAGACCCCCUUCGGGUUCCAGUGCAUCCCCUACCCUCUGGGGAGCCCAGCCGCUGGGGACCCAGAGCCCAGCACUGACCAGGAGGACCUGCCCCCAGCACUGGCCUUGGGCAGCCGCCAGGGGAGCACCCCCUGCCCCCUGCUGGGUGACAUCAGGCAGAAGAGGCCUUGGGCAGCUGGGGACACUGAGGGCUGGCGCCUGCUGCAGGAGCCUGGCUGGAACUCCAGCUGGACCCCUGUGAGGGACAAGGCAGGGUGGUGGGACCUCAGUUACCUCAGCCUCAGCUGGGAGCCUCCUGGGGGCCACGACCUGGGCUCCAGGGCCCGAGCAGGAGGCCCACCAGCCUUGCCUGGGAGCCACGGGGCCUUCGUGCUCAUUCUCUGGAAACCCCCUUGUGCCCCCCACCAGCAGAAACACGGCACUGCCAGCGGGCACGGCACGGCUGUGCCCAAUUCAACCACCUCCGCCUGGGCCCCCCCCCAGCCGGGCACCACCCUGUGCCGUUCUUCCACAGCCCCCCUGAGAAGGUGGCAGGACAGGACCCCCCGAGCACAGCCCCGGGAUGCACCUGGCGAGUACGUCAUCAAGGUGGAGGAUGUGACCAGCCCUCCGUUCCUCGGCCACACGCUGCCCCCCGCCUUCCAGCACCUCCUUGUUUCUGCACCAGAGGGGCAGCAGGGUCCCCCCCAGACGCCCCCUCAGAGGCUCCUGAGUGCUUCUCAGGAGGACGGGCUUGACCGUCCAGCCUGA